AUGGCCACGCGACAGACCUACGUCAUCGUCGUCAACUCUGACAUACCGGGGAGCGGGCUGCAGGAAAUUCUUGGGCUGCUCUGCAAUCACAACAAACACCUGGAAAGCGUCGGUAACUCGGUGGAUGCGUCGCCGUUCAUCGACGUGAAGACUGCGUUCAUCUCUAAGAAGCUCUCUGGCACGCACUCGUGGUGGGACGUCGAUCGUAAGAUGGAUUGGAAGAUUCACAACGUCGACGUCGUCGUUUGCACACAAGCAAGUCGCCGAGAAAUGGGAGCAAAAUGGCUGCAUCACGCCGGGAUGCGGUGGAUUGCGGAACAAGAUCUCGGGAAGACCGUUGAUGUCGUAAGUCGAGUAUUCGCGAAAAUUCAGGACAUCGACAUCGACUCGGAAGCGUACCUCGAUGUGUCUGGCGGCGCUCGCGACGACGCGUUCGCGGUUCGAGAGAUCUUUCGAAGAACCGAACACUGUCGCGGUCACUGGCUGAACGCGGAUGAGGUUCAGGACGUUUCGACUCCAGAUAAAAAGAAGGCCAACACGACGACAAAACGGACGAAAAGUCGAGAAGAGCGAGAAUCGUUGCGACCGUCGUUUCGACCGAGUUUCCAGCCAUCGUUUCGAUGA